AUGUCUUCCAUACUCAAGACCGCCCAGACCACACUGUCAGAGAACUUUGGAGGAGCAGCAACGGCUGCAGCGCCUACUGGAACACAUUUCUCCGUCGACCAGGUGCCAGACCAGACCGGCAAGGUCGCAGUCAUUACCGGUGGCAGCGAGGGCAUUGGAUAUGGUGUUUCCCAUACUCUACUCAGCAAGAACAUCAAAAAGGUCUUCAUCCUCAGUAUAUCAAAAGAGGUAGUCGAUGGCGCCGGCAAGGCUGUAGCAGAAGAGUUGGGACAAGACAAAGCCGACCGCAUCAAGUGGAUCCAGUGUGACAUGAGCGACUGGAAGCAUGUGGCCAAGGUCGCCAUGGACAUUGCAAAAGAAACCGAUCGUCUAGACAUUCUCGUCAACAACGCUGCUCGCGGUAUCAUGACCUACCAGCUCACCGACUAUGGUGUGGACAGACAUAUUGCUGUGAACCACAUGGGCCACGUCAUCCUAACUUCGCACCUCCUGCCUCUGCUCAAGAAGACUGCAGACAGUGGAAGCAAAGUGCAUGUCGUCAACACAGCUUCCAAUGCACACGAGGGGGUACCCAAGGACUGCCAAUUCAAGAGUAUCGACGAUCUGAACCAAGACCUGGGCCCGAUGGCACAGUACGGACGAGCCAAGCUCACUUCAAUCUUGUAUAGCAAGUACCUGAACCGACAUGUAACGAAAGAGCACCCGAAUUUGCUGGCCAAUGCAAUCCAUCCCGGUGUGGUGAAGACUAAGAUGAGCGAAGAGGACAUCUUUGAGCCAUACCCACUUGCAGGCUAUCUGAUGUCCGGUGGCCUGACACCAUUCAAGAAGGACCAGUUUGAGGGUGCUUUGUCGACGUUAUAUGCUGCGACCGUGACGGACAAGUCUGGGAAGUACAUCUGCCCACCAGCGAUCUACGAACCCGGUUCAGAUCUCGCCAAUAACGAGGAGCUCUCAGAAGAUCUGAUGAAGCUAACAUGCGAAUUGAUCACCGAGAAGACGAAGCCAGACAGUGUAGACAAGGGCUGCCCGAUGAAGGAUCGAUGA